UGUUAUCUAAGAAAAUUAAAGUUCUCUAGGCUCUUAUCUAUAUCUGGAGCAGCCCCAGCAAGGCAUUUUUUCUCUGCAACAAUGUCUGAAACUGAAAAAACCAGUAAGAACCCACCUUCAUCUCCAGCACCUUUAACUCAAUGGCCAGCUACCAUGGCAAAGGUUGUGCUUUUGGAGCUGAAAGUUCAGAGGGGAAUUGCUGCUCCUUUGGUAGCAAUGAAUUUAACAUGGUUUGCAAAACUGGCAAUCACAACAGCUUUCUUAGGCCGGCUUGGGGAGCUCAAAUUGGCCGGUGGCGCCCUCGGGUUCACGUUUGCUAAUGUCACCGGCUUCUCUGUCUUGAACGGGCUCUGUGGCGCCAUGGAACCCAUCUGUGGUCAAGCUUAUGGAGCUAAAAACUUUAAGCUACUUCAUAAAACCCUUCUCAUGGCUAUCUUCUUUUUGCUUCUAGCCACACUGCCUAUAACUUUCUUGUGGCUCAAUGUUGAUAAGAUCCUUGUCCGUUUCGGCCAACAAGAAGACAUUUCCGCCGUCGCGAAGAGCUAUCUUUUCUAUCUCCUCCCUGAUUUGGUAGUCACUGCAUUUUUAUGUCCACUCAAAGCCUACUUGAGCUCACAGAGCAUAACUGUUCCUAUAAUGCUUAGCUCGGCUAUGGCGCUAGCUUUUCACGUACCCAUCAACAUAUUACUUGCAAAAGCUAAGGGUCUUGAAGGAGUUUCAAUGGCGGUUUGGGUAACUGAUCUCAUAGUAGUUAUUUUGCUUGCCUUGUAUGUGUUUAUGAUGGAAAAUUGUAAGGAAAGAAGGUGGAAGGAAGGAGGGUGGUGGGAUCACAGCAUUGGUGACUGGCUCAGGUUUCUCAAGCUCUGCGGGCCAUGUUGCCUCACCACCUGCCUUGAAUGGUGGUGUUAUGAAAUUCUAGUCUUGCUCACAGGACGGCUAGCAAAUGCCAGGCAGGCAGUUGGAGUGUUAGCCAUUGUGCUGAACUUCGACUAUCUGCUCUACUCUGUGAUGCUUUCGCUGGCCACAUGCGCAUCCACCCGUGUCUCGAACGAGCUCGGUGCCAACCAAGCCAACGCUGCAUACCGGUCGGCGUAUGUGUCUCUGGCAGCGAGCGUCGUCUCCGGUUGCAUAGGCGGCAUAAUUAUGGUUGCAGCCAGGGGAAUAUGGGGGCCCUUGUUUAGCCAUGAUAAGGGAGUUAUAAGAGGUGUGAAGAAGAUGAUGUUGCUAAUGGCUUUGGUGGAAGUAGUGAAUUUUCCGUUGGCAGUAUGUGGAGGAAUUGUGCGUGGAACAGCUAGGCCAUGGUUGGGCAUGUAUGCUAAUCUUGGUGGGUUCUACCUUCUGGCCCUGCCCUUGAGUGUGGUUCUAGCCUUCAAGGCUGCAAUUGGACUUAGUGGGCUGCUGUUAGGGUUCUUGGUUGGUAUGGUAGCCUGCUUGGUUUUGCUGUUGGUCUUUGUCACAAGGAUCGACUGGGUUGAAGAAGCAGGCAAGGCUCAAAUGCUUGCCUGUGAUGUGGACAUUGUUAAGGAAGAUGAAAAUCAUAGAAGUACUGUGGAAAAAGUUAGUAAUGCUGAAGUAUGAGAACUACUUUAAAAUAUUUGUUUGUAUUCAUAAA